CGCGGAGUGGAGGCGAGCAGCUCUGGCGAUCGCAUCCCUUCCUCCUCUCAACUCCAAUCUCGGCGACCUCACGAACCGACAACCUCCAUUUCCCGCACCGCUCGCCCUCCCACAAAAAUGGCAGCCCCCAAGCCCAGCGUCCCCGCAUGGGUCGCCCAGCUCGAAUCCCCCCCGGCCGCGCGCUCCAAGGUCUCCGGCGUCCCAGACCCCCUUGGCUUCUCGCCCGGCAGCUCUGGCUCCAAGAAGAAAGAUGGCAAGCCUCAGCCGCGAAAGGCCCCGACGACGGACGAGAUGGAAACGCUCAAGCUGAAAAAAGCAUGGGAAGUGGCCCUCGCGCCCGUCAAGUCCCUUCCCAUGACUGCUAUCAUGAUGUACAUGUCAGGCAACUCGCUCCAAAUCUUCAGCAUCAUGAUGGUCUUCAUGGCCUUCAAGAAUCCCCUCGUCGGCCUUAUGGGCACCAACCAGGCGUUUGAACGCUUUCAAACCGAGGGCAACUCGUCCAAGCUCUUCCAGACAAAACUCGUCUACGUGGCAAUGCAGCUCGUGGCUCUCGCCGUGGGCGUGUGGAAGAUCAACGCCAUGGGCCUCUUACCGACAACACGAUCAGAUUGGUUGAUGUGGGAGGCACAAAGAAACUCUCUAGAGUCUGCUGUUACGGCUCUAUAGGACCUCGUUUGACUAAUGUACAAGAAACUGCCAAUAGAGCAAAAUCAGACCAAAAAAAGGCUGGAUUCAUAUUCGCUAAUGCCGCUGCCAUACUUUAAGAUGCAGUCGUAUGUAAUGUCUAGUUGACUUACUUCUCCUGAGUCUCCUCCUGGCCUUUCUUCUUCGCUCCCUGCACCCUCCAGCGAGGAAUGUGAAGCACCACCCGCGGCCCAUAGCGCCGAGAAUAUAGUCGAUCACGGCCGUGGCCACCGCGCCGAAAGAACAGCGCACGAGAUUGUUUGCUGCCGCCGCGGUCGCCGGGGCUUCUGGGUUCAGGUCAACAAUCAAUGUGUUGAGGACGCUGAACGAAGGCGGCACCAGGCAACCGAUGAAGAAGGACAGGACUAGUGGGGC